GGUCCUGGCGUUCAUUUCAUUCCUGUCCUCAUUCCGCACAUUCUUCGCAUCGCUCGCGCCGCGCCGCGCCGCCCGAGCCGAGCCGAGCCUCCGCGGCCCCGCCGCCCGCCGCGGGCGCCCCCCAGCACUUCGCACACUCGCUUCCAGCUCGCGGGGAGUCCGCGCUCCGGGGCCCGGGCCCGGGGCGGCCGCGGCGGGGCGCAGGCCAUGCGCUGACCCCCCAGCGCGCAGCGUCGCCAGAGUGCGGGCAGCUGCCCCGGCGCGCCCUGCCUGUCCCGGGAGCCGGCGAGGCCGGGCUGGGGCUGCCGGGCGCGGGGAGUACCGCGGGGAGUACCAGGCUGGAGUAGCGCGGGGGCGGCGGCCCAGCGCCCCGAAGUUUGCCGCGCCCGCUCGUGCGGCCGAGGUUUGUUUUCUUGAAAAGGCUCCAGGCUUCGGCUUGGAAAAUCCAACCGCCAAAAUUGAGCCCAGCAGCUGGAGCGGCAGCGAGAGCCCUGCCGAAAACAUGGAAAGGAUGAGCGACUCGGCAGAUAAGCCGAUUGACAACGACGCAGAGGGGGUCUGGAGUCCUGAUAUUGAGCAGAGUUUCCAGGAGGCCCUGGCUAUCUAUCCGCCAUGUGGGAGGAGGAAAAUCAUCUUAUCAGACGAAGGCAAAAUGUAUGGUAGAAAUGAAUUGAUAGCCAGAUACAUCAAACUCAGGACGGGAAAGACAAGGACCAGGAAGCAGGUGUCUAGUCAUAUACAGGUCUUAGCAAGAAAGAAAGUUCGAGAAAUUCAAGCCGCCAUUAAGGUGUCUAGUCACAUUCAGGUUCUUGCCAGAAGGAAAUCUCGUGAUUUUCAUUCCAAGCUAAAGGUAACAAGCAUGGAUCAGACUGCCAAGGACAAGGCCCUGCAGCACAUGGCUGCCAUGUCAUCAGCCCAGAUCGUCUCAGCUACUGCCAUCCACAACAAGCUGGGGCUGCCUGGGAUUCCACGCCCCACCUUCCCAGGGGGACCGGGGUUCUGGCCUGGGAUGAUACAGACAGGACAGCCAGGAUCCUCACAAGAUGUCAAGCCCUUUGUGCAGCAGGCCUACCCCAUCCAGCCAGCAGUCACAGCCCCCAUUCCAGGGUUUGAGCCUGCAUCAGCCCCAGCCCCCUCAGUUCCUGCCUGGCAGGGCCGAUCCAUUGGCACAACCAAGCUUCGCCUGGUGGAAUUCUCGGCUUUCCUUGAACAGCAGAGAGACCCAGACUCGUACAACAAACACCUCUUCGUGCACAUUGGGCACGCCAACCAUUCUUACAGUGACCCGUUGCUUGAAUCCGUGGACAUUCGUCAGAUAUAUGACAAAUUUCCUGAAAAGAAAGGUGGCUUGAAGGAGCUAUUUGGAAAGGGCCCUCAAAACGCCUUCUUCCUCGUAAAAUUCUGGGCGGACUUAAACUGCAAUAUCCAAGACGACGCUGGGGCCUUUUAUGGUGUGAGCAGUCAGUAUGAGAGUUCUGAAAACAUGACAGUUACCUGUUCCACCAAAGUGUGCUCCUUUGGGAAGCAAGUAGUAGAAAAAGUAGAGACGGAGUAUGCGAGGUUCGAGAAUGGCCGAUUCGUGUACCGAAUAAACCGCUCGCCAAUGUGUGAAUAUAUGAUCAAUUUCAUCCACAAACUCAAACACCUACCAGAGAAAUAUAUGAUGAACAGUGUUUUGGAAAACUUCACCAUAUUAUUGGUGGUAACAAACAGGGAUACACAAGAAACUCUCCUCUGCAUGGCCUGUGUAUUUGAAGUAUCGAAUAGUGAACAUGGAGCACAACAUCAUAUCUACAGGCUUGUAAAGGACUGAACCUGGUUAUUUAUAUAGAGAGAUAUCUGUAUAUACACACACAUAUGUGCACACACACACUCUCCAUUAUCGAACGACUGACUGUAAACCUCACCACACAGGGUGCUACCCUGGCCCCCUGGGUCCCACCCUGACCUUUCUAAAUCCUGUUCGAGUGAACUUAUUUUUUUCCAUGUGUUCAUGCUAUCAUUGUAGCUGUGAAGUUGUGAUGCAGUUUUUUGUGUAUUCCUCAGAUCUGCAACCCACAAUCCCUUGGGGAAGGUGAAUCUUACCAGCCUAAGCCAAGCCUCUCUGCAGACCUGUUUCCUGUUGUGGUAGAAAAUACUGAGUCAGAGGAUUGGCCACGGGGCAUUGACUCCCUUUAUACAAAUGUAUUUAGUUCUUUUUGUGUUUUUCCGACAUAAGAUUCUUGUUUUAAGAUACAAGUAAAAUUAAUCUUUAAAUAUGAAUGUAAAUUAGUACAGGAAAACUAAGAUUCUUUAGACUUAUCUUUGUAACUAAUUAGGGCGGAAGUUAUGGAAGAAUGUAAUUCACUAAAUUAUUUUUUAAAUGAAA